GCAUGUGCAAUAGUUAUUGCAGCUGCGCUUUUUUCUUUCUGUCAAAACUAAAUUGAGUCCAGUAUACUUUAAGUAUUUAAAUUAAGUGAAUAACGAAUAUGUAUUACAUUUGGGACUAGAAUUGAUUAUUUGCACAGAACUCGAAAAGGAGUAGUCAAUUUAUCCGGUGUUGUAUAAAAAGUAGGCUAAAAUACAAGAAAAGUCCGCCUAUUGGUUUGGGGAAGUCCCUCUGAUAGGAAAUCCCCUGUAUGUCGGAAUAUUUCUUUCGAGAUAUAUCUUUUACACAAUUGACCUCCUCCUCAGUAUAAUUUUGAAGACAUGUUGGUUAACUCACGACCAGAAACUCUAUCGAAGCAGACAUAAUAACUUCAAAAACUGAUGGAAUAUUGAAGAUUUGGACUUAUCUGUCAGAAAGAGCGUUCAUAAACUACCUCGGGAACAACAUAGACAAUGGAUGUCAAUUUGGAUAAUGAUGCGCUGAAAGCAAAGAUACGGAGCUGUAAUACACUGAAUACUUUCUACCACGAAACCCAACUGGAAAUUGACACAUUAAGUAAGAAAAUCUGCAAAAGAGACAAUUUAAUCGCUGAUUUAAAAUCGAGAUUGGGAAAAUACGAGAAUACUUGUAUCAAUGUGGAAGGAUAUGACCCAGUUGUCAUAGGUCCAUCAAAGUCUUUGCUGGAAAGUUUAUGCAAAGAAAUCUGCAAACUGAAGCAAAAAUGGAAAGACACAGAAACAAAUGCAACUCAGCAAGCAGAGUUAUGCCAACAACAGAUACAGAGGUUGCAACAGGAUUUGCGGGAGAAGGAGCGAGAGAUAGAAAGUGUAACCCGUCGGCCGGACCACGAGAAGGACCAGGAGAUUCAGAAGCUUCGCUCGGCCCUGGCCGAGAGGGACCGUGUCCAGGCCACUCGGGCUGUCCUGUGCUCUUCGUUGGCUGAAGAGGCCGACCAGCUCCGUGGCCAACUGGGGGCCACGGUCAGGGUGUGUCAAGAGCUACUUGCCCGACUAGAGAGAGCAAAUAAAGGAGGAGAGACUGUGACAGAGGAGGUGGAAAUGCAAAAGAAGGCAAAAGAGAUGUUGGAUUUUUCUGAAGCUGAACGCGUUGAAUCCCUGGUCAGCAAACUUCAAGAAGAGAACCAUUUACUAAAACAAAGAGUGGCAUACGUGGAAGGUCUGAACUCCAAAUGGCAGAAGUAUGACUUGAGCCGGGAAGAGUAUGUGAGGGGUUUGUGUCAAAGGCUGAAGGAGUCAAGUGCCCUAAUGACUUCUUCCAGCCCUGCUCCAGGUGUGGGGACAGCAGUCAGACCCAGGCAUAUACAGGAACCUGGGAAUUGUCUUGGUAUGGUGCCCGGGUUUGCCUCAGCUAACACAGGGUUGCUGCAGCAGGAGAUAGUGAGGCUCAAUGGCCUACUGGAGGAGAAGAUUAAGGACAGUAGGAAGUUGGGAAGAGAGCUGGAGGAGAGCCGUAGAAGACAUCAGGACCGUAUCCAAACACUGGAGCAACAGGUUCUCAUCUACACAGAUGACUUUAAGUCAGAAAGAAGAGACAGGGAGAGAGCACAUGGCAGGAUCCAGGACCUGCAAGAGGAGGUGUCUCGGCUACAGGAGCAGCUGCAUGCUCAGGCAAAGAUUCCUGCCAGAGAUGCCACUUCAGCCUGCCGACUAAGACACCGGAUCUCCCCACACUCUCGCCCAGACUCAGCCGAACCGGUGAUUCGGAACAUUGCCGAACCGCCUGCAGCCAAGCGACAAAGCGUGAAUUUGGCUGGGGCGCCUGCUGCGGCCCUAGCCACUGGUCCCGCUUGGACAGUGCGCCAAGGCUUAUCAGAACUCCAAUGCCCACGAUGCCUCACCACGUACGAUGACGCCCAUACUGCGGAGUACCUAAAUCACUGUGAGGAGUGUGCAAAGCUAUGAUCACUGGUGUGAAGUUUCCCCUAGGUACCAAUCUAGGAUUCAGCUUCCCUUCUCCGAGUCCAACCCAUAAUUAGUAGUAAGGAAAUUCUAGAUUUACCCAAGAUGAGCAUCUAGUGGCAACUUCACCUUACUCCCAAGCUACAAGAGGCACCACCAAGACUAAGAUUGCUCUCUGACAAUAACUGAGCACAGAAGCACUACAUGCACCCUAAUAAGGGUUUGGGAGUGGGGAAAACAGACUAGUUCAACUGGACUGUGUUCAUUAGGUACCAAAUAGAAGAAAACUAACUGAACAGGGAGGUAAAUGCCUGUAGUUCAGAGUUUUUAAAUAGUUUUUCAGUUGCGUGCCCGAAUGUACACUACCCUGCAUUUUGGUUCUUAAAGGAGAAUAGUGAAUAGAUAAUUAAUACUGAAUGGGAAUGUCUGUACUACCUUGGUGGUCAUAAUGAGAGAAAUAGCAGUAGCACUUUAUUUAACAGUACAUGAAAAAAACAUUUAGCAGGAAUCUAGAUGCUAAAAUGUUAUCAGAAUGAACACCACUGGCUAACGUUUGGUAACAGAAGGUUAUAAAUUGUGUUACAUUUCUUAAAGGAAAUAACAGCAUCAAGUACUGUCAAAUAAAAUUCUACUAGCUUUUAAACAGCUUUGUUUUGGCAGAUUUAUUUCCAGGGAAAACCCACUCAAUGUUUGACAUUGAUCUGUAUUCAGGAUUACAUGAUACUGCAUUGGUGGGUGCAGACAUGGUUAAUUGAGUUGUCUGUAGAAAAUCUGGAUGGGAAUUGAAUGUUAUUUGUGAUAUUUUAUUGUCACAGUUAUUCAAUUCAGUAUUCCGGUAUGAAAUUUAAGUUACUUAUUGCACUUUCCUAAACUGUCUGCCAAAGUUACCUUUUAAUGCAGUUUCCUUUUCUGACAUGUAUUGGGUUUGAAACACAUAAGCUUCUUUCUCGUUGAAGAAAGUUUUAGGAAUGCUGCCUUUGAUUAACAUGGUGCUAUUUGCUGUGCUAUGUAUUGUGAUGUGAUAUCUUCACGUUUUAUGCUUCUUUUAAGAAAUAUUUUUUAUUAUUAAUAU